UGCGGUGCGGUGCGCGCCAUGGGCUGGUCGGUCCCGUCCGGGCUGGUCCCCUGGGCUGGGCCCCGGGCCCGGCUGGUCCUGGCGGCGCUGGGGGCGGUGGCGGGGGCGGUGAUGGUGAUGUGGGCGUCGGGGCUGGGCGGCCGGGGUCGCCGGGGUCGCCGGGGUCGCCGGCAGGUGGGCACGGUGGCGCAGCUGUGGAUCUUCCCCAUCAAGUCCUGCAAGGGGGUGUCGGUGCCCGAGGCCCAGUGCACCGAGCUGGGGCUCCGCAGCGGCCCCCUCCGGGACAGGUUCUGGCUCGUGGUCAAGGAAGAUGGGCACAUGGUCACAGCCCGACAGGAACCUCGCCUAGUGCUGAUCUCCAUCACGUGUGAGAAUGACCACUUGGUCCUCCAUGCUCCAGGGAGAGAGGACCUAUCUCUGCCAAGCAAACUGCCUGCAACCAACACCGUUCUCGACUGCAGAGUGUUUGGCUCCGACAUCCAGGGCAGGGACUGUGGACCCGAAGUAGCUCAGUGGAUCACAGGCUUCCUGGCCAAUGAUGGGUACCGACUGGUACAGUUCGAGCCUCAAAUGCUGCCCAGGCAGUCGAAAGACUUAAUUUCCCAACUAGUCACCGAUUACCAGGUGGCCUACCCAGACUGCAGCCCCAUCAAUAUCCUCUCUGAGGCAUCGUUGGCCGAUCUCAACAGCAGGCUUGAGAAGAAGGUGUCAAUGAGCAACUUCAGGCCCAACAUUGUGGUGACGGGUUGCAGCGCCUUUGAGGAGGACUCCUGGGAUGAGCUCGUCAUUGGCAGUGUGGAAAUGAGCAAGGUUAUGUCCUGCUCCAGAUGUAUUUUGACGACUGUGGACCCAGACACUGGCAUCAUUAGCAGGAAGGAGCCGCUGGAAACCUUGAAGAGCUACCGCCUGUGUGAUCCCUCUGAGAGGCACAUUCACAAGACAUCCCCACUCUUUGGGAUGUAUUUUUCAGUGGAAAAAAUUGGAAGCCUGAAAGUUGGAGACCCUGUGUACUUGUUAGUGUAAGCAUUGGAAAAUGUAGUAUGGAGAGAACCCUGGGGUAAAUCUGAUAAGAAAAACUUGCCUCCAGCUCACAGAACUGUGAAAUAGGAUUAGUGCACUGUUUUGUUUCCCGAUUUCUUUGUCUUGCUUUUUCUUUUUCUUAGACCUCAGGAGGAGGAAGUUUCCCAGAUUUUAUUUGGGGAGUGGCAAAAAUAGUUCCCAUUUCUGUUGUCUGCUGGCAUCUCCCAGCACUUAGUACAGUGCUGGGCGUAUAAUAAGCAUUUAGCACAUAUCACAAUUAUUAUUAUUGAUUGCAGUCCACUCCUCCUUGAUUGCAGUCCCGUCCACUCCCCGCUCCCCCACUCCCACUUCUUUCACUUACUCCUCUCAGAUUCAUGCUUUCUGUCCUUCCCUCCCAUAUCUCUCUCUGUCUCAUUCUCACCACUCCAACCCCACUUACCCCAUCCUCUGCCUCUCUGCCUGUCCCUGCUCCACUAACUUUCCCCACACCAGUCUCUCUCUCUCUCUCUCUCUCUCAUUUUCUCCCUUUCCCCAGCCAUUCUUCUUGUAACCCCAGAACCUAUCUUCAGUGAGAUUUUCCUCCGAAACAUGACACACCCAGCACCAGGCCCCUUGGCUCACUGCUGUAACAGAUGAAGUGAGGUCUGAGGCUGCAGUGGCUCAUGGAUAGGAAAAGCCAGGGUCGUGGCAAAUACUGACUAACAUUGUUUUUAGCGUGGGCCCACUAUAAGCCUUUGCUCUCUUUCUGUCCUGCUGUCUUGCAACCAUUAAUGACAGUUUCACCAGAGAGAUCCCUUUGCCAGGGUAAGUGCUUCGACACACUCGAAGAUAAUUAAAAGCAACUCGGGGAACCUACGGUUUCUGUUCCCUGCAUUCUGAUUAGCUGAAGUGAAACUCUGUAGCCGUUAUUCCCUAUUUGUAGCUGGGCAGCCUCGGAAGUUGAAGAACCAGAAGCUGUAGUGAUUCAUUCAGGUCACAGCAGCUGGCAAGUAUUUCCAGGUUUCCUAUGCUUUAAAAAAAACCUACGGAGAUGGAGACUACAGUAUUAGCCACCAUUAACCUGGCAAUGUUAUCUCUCUUCUGGGCUGUUGUGAGGAAAGGAUAGGGAUGAGUGGGGAUUUGGUUCCCGAUGAAUAUUUUUUCAGGCAAUCAAUACAGGUAUUGUACUUGGCCGGUGGAGAAGUGAUUUCAUAAGGUUUUUAGCUCUGUUCUUCUUCCUACUUAGAUUGUGAGCCCCAUAUGGGAUGUGAUUAUCUUGGGCUUAGCACAUAGCGCACCACAAUUAUUGUAAUUUUAAAUAUAACUGAGACCACUGAAUGUGCAAACUCCAUGUCUGCAAUCAUUGUUGGGCAAAGGAAGCUUACGGGCCAGGGGAGAAAUCAUUAAGCCCUUGAAACAAUGCAGAUUUUGUUUUGCCUUGCCAUAACCCCUGAGGGGAGAGAUGGGAGAAUUCAGGCACUUGUUCCUAUAUUGUGAUGUGGAAAAAUCCUAAACAUAUCUUAAUUUUGUUUCACGUUUAGGAUUUUUCCAUGUCACAGUAUAGUUUCAGCAUUCUGAUAACACCGUGUUUAGCAAACCAUUAACUAUUCCUAUCUUGAGCAAUUUAGCCCUGCCUUAACCAAUGUGGGUUAUUUUACAUUUAUUUCGUAUUGCAGUACAAUGUUACAACUCUCUUGGGUUUUGAAAGUAAAUUGGGCUGAAGUUUGAACCCUCAGCACCCAUAGGGAUUCUGAGAAGCAUGGAGGGGAGGAGAACGGAAUUUAAAUUGGAAUGGAAUUUCAAGGGUGGGGGUAAGCAGGAAGGGCACAUAUUUUAUAAGUGAACAUCACAUUUUUCUUACUGAUGAAAUGUGCUGCUCUGGGAUGAUUAAGCAUUAUGUGAAAUCUAUUUUGAACCAGCUUACAAAUGAGGUUACGCUAAGUCUUUCAUCUGUUAAUAAAGAUAAAUAAAAAUUCAA